AUGGCAGCAGCUAAUUCUUCUCCCGCGGUUCUCCCGAUCUCGAACCCCCAAUUCGUCCCCGCCGCUGCCGACAACCAGCAAUUAUCCUCACCCGCCCCUCCCUCCGCUAUACGCUCAUUUUUCGCCGGCAUCUCCUCGACGGUGAGCGCCGGCCUCGCCCACCGCCGCCCCUGGCCGGAGCUCCUCGACCGCUCCGCCUUCUCCAAGCCCGAGUCCGUCUCGGAGGCCACCCUCCGCCUCCGUAAGAACUACACCUACUUCCGCACCAAUUACCUCGUUGUAAUAACCGCCGUCCUCGCCGUUUCCUUGCUGACGAAUCCGUUCUCCCUGAUCCUCCUCGCCGGCCUCCUCGCCUCCUGGCUGUUUCUCUACGUCUUCCGUCAGUCCUCAGAUCCGCCGAUCAACCUCUUCGGCCGUCAAUUUUCCGAUCGCGAGACGCUCCUCUUUUUAAUCGUCUCGACCGUCGUCGUGAUCUUUCUCACCAGCGUCGGAUCCGUCCUUGUGUCCGCCCUCAUGGUCGGCGUCGGAAUUGUCUGCUUGCACGGUGCUUUUAGGGCUCCGGAAGAUCUGUUCCUUGACGAGCAGGAGCAGCAGGGAGGUGUUCCAGGCUUCCUUUCUCUCUUCAUCAAUGGUGGUGCCCCCGUUGUCGCGCAGCCAUCUGUACCUGCUAGGGUUUGA